AUGGAUUCAGAAAUACCACAAGUGUUCCAGAAAGAACUCACUUGCUCUGUCUGCCUGAAGUACCUUAUAUACCCAGUCACCAUAGGCUGUGGGCACAGCUUUUGUUGGCCCUGUUUCUUCCUUCCCUGGGGACAAGCCCAAAUUCUUGCCCGUUGCCCUGUGUGCAGGGAGCCAUCACAGCAGGGAGAUGUCAAAAACAAUAUUCUUCUGAAGAAUCUUACAUCUAUGGCAAGGCAGGCUCAUCUCAGGCAAUUCCUGAACUCUGAGAAGAAUAUAUGUGUGACCCACCAGCAGACAAAGAAGAUCUUCUGUGAGGAGAACAAGAACCUGCUCUGUCGGCUCUGCUGCAACACUCAGGAGCACAGGGCUCACAACCACCCUUCAGUGGAAAGGGCUGCUGAGGAAUACCAGGAGAAGCUCCUAAAGCAAAUAAGAUCAUUACGGGAAAAGAUCCAAGUAAAUCAAAGAAAUAUAGAUGAAGAGAAGAAAAUAAUCAGUCCAUGGAUGUACUACGUGUAUCUCAGGGAAGAGCUGAUCAGGGCUGAGUACAAAAAACUACAUCCAGUUCUUCAUGAGGAGGAAAAUCGACAUCUAGACAUUCUUAGAAAGGAAAGCAAAAGAAUUUUAGAGGAACUCAAAAAAAGUGAAGCCAAUAUGGUUCAAAAGAAGACAGACCUAAGAGAAAUAUAUGAGGAACUGGUGAAAAUGUCCCAUAAACCAUAUGUGGAGCUGCUACAGACCCUCUGGAUUCUGAUUUAA